GACUGAGUCGACGUCUCUGGCGAUAACGCACAUCUUCUUUUGCCACUUGGCAGCAUGGACGUGAGGAUAUCCCUGUGGCCCGUCGCCGGUCUGCUCUGGAUUCUCUUCGCACCGAGUCGUGGUCUGGAAUUGGGCACUACAUACGAGUACUCCUUGCAAAGCGACCUGUACCUGAACGAAGCUCAACCAGGCCAAGAGAAGACGUCCAGGAGUGUGGGUUAUGGGCUACACGGCGACGUCCGCGUCUCUUGUCUCUGGAACAACCCUGCGGAUCCACUUCAUAGGCUUUUAAAGAUUGAGCUUGUUGACGUCCAUCUUGUAGUGAAUCCCGCUGACGCCCCGCAUGCCGAAAGGAGCAGGCACGCCUCAAAUUUGGAUUCGUCCAAUGGACAUCCUUUGUACGUGCUUCAGCAGAAUAGCGAGAUCACUAGAGUCUGGUCUUUGCAAGAGCCGAGCGCGAACAUAAAGAAAGGAGUGGCCAGCCUGUUCCAGUACCAGCUUACCUCAGAGCCAGAGAAGGCCCAGGUAGACGUGGCUGGCAGGUGUCUGGUUGCAUUUGAAUCGAAAGGAAUUCAACUGAAGAAAAUCAAGACAGGAUGCACGCACCCGGAUCACUCCCAGUACUUCCAUCCAAACUUUGUCCAGUCAGCCUCGGUAGAUACCAAGUCCGUAACCUCAUACGAGAUGUUGCCAGACCUGACAGCUCCCAAGGCGAUACAUUCGACUGAAGAAGGCCACAUGAUAGUGAAUGCAUGGAGGAACGCUCACAUUGUUUUCUCAGCGAAGCACAAACUCCAGUUAAAGAGUACAGCUCAAUCGAAAGAGAGACUGACCGCGACCAACGAGGCAGCCAUGCUGCAGCACUUGACUCAAGACAAGAAAUUAAAGGAGGACACUAUCGUGGCGAGGCCGACACCAAAGACGUGCGGGACAGAAUGCAAGUCGCUUGCGGACACGGUGAAACUCUAUCGCGACAACCUCCGCACCAAGAACCUGGCGACGCUUAAGUCCGCCAUCUCUUUCCUGCGGCUCUUGCCCAAAUUUCGCGAGGCAACCUCAAAAGAGAUCGUGUCCGUGCUCAAGAAGAACCAGAAGAUUGUUAACCAGCUGCUGGACCUCGCGGCUGCUGCUCAGACGCCGGCGUCUGUAAAAGCCGCACUCAGGUACCUGGAUCUGGAAGCGGAGAACGCUCAGGCGGAACGGUUCCUGGUCAGCUUGCUGACUGCUUCGCAUCCCACCGCUGAAAUCAUAGCGGAUAUUCACGCAGUUGCUACCAAGGAUCUCAAGAACGCGAAGAACAAAGACUCUGCUGUGGCCACGCUCGGUGCGCUCAUUAAGACGUACUGCCGUGCGCACGAUAAUUGCCUCAACGACAAGGAAGUCGUGUCUUCUUUAAAAUGGAUGGAAAAAGAAAUUAAAUCUUGCAAACGCGAGGACCCAUGCUGGCAAAGAUAUUUGGGAGGCCUUCUCAACGCGGCUCAACCUUCCACCAUAGACACAUUCCUGUUUGCCUUGAGGAAAGGCACCAGGAAAGCUGUCAUUGCCGCGCUUCGGGCGCUCAAAGAAAUCUGCAGGGAACAUCUGAGCAACAAGGUAUACGACGCCGUGGAGCGUGUCUACGGACAGGUCGACCGUAGACACGAUUCAACGGCUCGUGCUCUGGCCGCAGAACUCAUCUUCUUGGGCGGAGACCCCGUCCGGAUCCAGCGUGUUGUCGAAGGUCUUCCCAACAAGGAACAUCCUGAACUGGCGACCUUCGUUACUAGCAAGCUCUACGAGCUGCUUGACCAAAAGCCGCAAGUCAGGUCAUCAGCGAGUAAAGUCCUUCAGAACGUCACCGUGGCUAACUACUACCACUUGGCACAGAGCGGAUCCUCCGCGGCUUUCACAAAGUACCUGGCCAAGACGGAACAUCUGAAUUCAACAUACGGCAUCAACAUGGAGCUCGUGCCCGGAGGAUUGUUGAAGACCAGCUCUGUUGACGUGAACCUGGAAACUCCUUCGGACAGCCUCAACCUCAUCUCUGUGGGGCUGUUUGCUGGAGGUCUCGGGGGAGUUGCCGGAGGCGGGGAACAACAGGAAGAUGAUGAAGAAGAGGCGACCGGCGGUAUGAGGUUAACGCUGCUGGGCGCACAUCUAAGGCCAUACGUCUUUUUCGUGGGCACUUCGGAGCUGAUGGGCCACGUCUGGUCCGGCACUGCAAGCGAGCCAACGCCUGCACUGCAGGCCAACUUGCUGAUGAUGGAUCACUACCAGUUUGUUCCCCUUCUCAACGGCUUGGUAGUGGAACUCAAGCUGCAAGGUGUCAUCUCCCUUGAUCUCACCGGGUCCAUACAGAUCUCUUUAUGGAACAGGAAUUCGCAUUCCAUCGUUCAGACCAGUGGGGCUGCCGUCAUCCAGGCGUCGGCUUCUGUGGAUUACGAGUCUGUGGCGAGAAGUCAUGUCCAGGUGAACGUGGCCGGAGACUCGCACCUCGAGUUCAUCACCGACUUGGACUUCUAUGAAAAGCCCUACAAGAUGUGCAUACAGAUGACCCAACCGGGACUUGUGCUUAGGCAUAAUGUCCGUAAACAGGAAAGUGUGGAAGGCAAGAAGCACCUUGUGCGAACCCUCAAACGACGGUCACAAACCCUGGCGGGAAAAUCGUACGCGUUACAUCGGAAAAAUGAAGAAUAUUGCUCAGCGAUGCUCGCUCAAGACUGACGUCAUGUAAAAAAAUUCUAGGAUAUUUUAUAUUUUUUAAUAAAAUACGUUCCUCGUUACAAAUCCA